AUGGGUAAAUUCAAGUAUUGUAGGGUGUGUCUUGUGACAGACGUGAAGAUGUUCAGUUUAGAAACUUCUUCAAGUGAUUCUGUUGGAGUUGUUUACUCACAUUUAGUUCAGGUUCCGAUAUUUGAUAGGGACCAACAUGUCUGUUUUGUAUGUGCGAGUCUCCUGCACAAGUUUCAGGAAUUCAAAUCCAAAUGUUUAAGAGCUCACAAUAUUUUAUCUAGAUUCCAAUUUGGCCCUACUCGUAUUACAAAAAAGACUAUUAAAAAUAUUGACAGGAAAUUCAACAAAUUAGAAUCCAAUUUGAAAGUAACACAUUUAUCUGUACAAAAUCAAGUGUUCAACGAAGAUACAGAAAUAGAAACAAAACAAAAUGAGGUCGAAGGCACUUACAAAUUAGAGGCCAGUGAAAAAUUUGACCUAGAAAACGAUGAGAAAUAUGAUUAUGACGAAAGUUCUAACGAUAUCAAUGCAGACUUCAUAGAUGUAAAUGAUGAAACACUAGAAGAAGUAGAGGAUGUUACAACUAAAACAAAAAAGAGGCAGUUGAAAACUGAUAUCAAAAGUGAAGAUGACUUUAGUGAUAAUGAACCGCUAUCUAAAAGUGUGACUGAAACGGCUCCCAUAAUGAAGAGUACGGGAAAACAAAUGGACAUGAGUGUCUUUGAUGACUAUGGGACUAUAACAUACCUUACCCCAGAGGACGCAAAGAAAGAACUGUUGCGUAGAAAAGAAACUAGUAAUUACAAACUAUGUAAGUUUAAAUGUGAGCUGUGCUAUAGAGGGUUUGAAGUUAAAACCGCUUUCGAUAAUCAUACUAAGAGCCAUAGUCCUGAAAAUGGAGACUAUGAAUGUGAUAUCUGCCACCUCUGGUUUCCACUACAAGCGUCACUGUGUAAACACAGAAUAACCCACAAGAGGAAGUUUACCUGCAAAGUGUGCCCUUAUGUUUGUUAUGAUAUGAGCCAAGCAAAGACCCAUGUGAGCUUGCACCGAGGAAAAAAGUAUCCGUGUAAACACUGUGGAGAAAUAUUCAGCAUGCCGAACACUCUAAUUAUGCACACACGAUUAAAACAUUUGAAGGAGAGUACAGUUCGCGAGAGUGUUUGUCAACUCUGUGGUGACGUAUUUGGGGCACCGAAAGGACUAUACUUACAUCAGUUGAAGGUGCAUAAACAGGUUGAAAACGACGAAUUGGGACCUAAAUGCAAAGACUGUAAUGCGCAUUUUGCUUCAGAACUGGCGUGGAAACGACAUCUAGUGCUUUCUUCUAAGCAUAAAGUCAGUAAUGGCUGUAAAAUCUGUGGCGAUACAUUCUCGAAUUCGGAAGGUCUCAAAGCUCACAUGACGGUGCAUAAUCGAACACACCUACAGAACUACAGAACGUAUGUGAAGAAAUGGCCCGGAGAAUGUCCUAUUUGUGACAAAUGGCUAGCGACCCGUGCGGAGUACGAGACCCACGUGAUGACAGACCACCCUGACACUGAGGAGGCCAACAAGAUCACUAUUGAAAAAGAAACAUCAUUUGUGUGUGAAUUGUGUGGGCAGAUAUUUAAGAAACAAUGCUUCCUAAAGUACCACCUACAUAAACACACGGGCGAGCGUCCGUACAAGUGCGUGGACUGUGACAAAACGUUCCAGACGGCGAGCGGACUCACCAUACACCGCAGUUCACAUAAACCGAAAACCUUGAAGUGUCACUUGUGCGCCCGUAGAUUUUCAUUAAAGAGCGCUCUCGCUAAGCAUAUGAAGUACGCACACCUCGGCGUCCGUCCCUACAAGUGCACGAUCUGCGACAAACUAUUUGUUUACUUGUGUGAUUUGAAACAACACAACAAAUACGUACACGACAAAGUACCGUGGCCUAAGAAGAAACCCAAGAGGAAGACUGUUGAUGAAGCGACUUAUAUGGACUAA